CAACAAUGGCCUCCCAAGACACCAUCCUCCAAACCAACGCCCAAUUGGCCCGGGACUACAUCCUCUCCCAGCCCAGCGAUGCCCUAAACAACAACCCCUGGGCCGUAUACCAAGCCCUCGACCUCUUCAGCCGCACCGCACGCCUCAUGAACUUCAAACAAGCCAAGCUCAACGUCGCCAAAGAAGCCCUCAUGUCCAUGGACACCCCACCCAAAGUUGUCAUCGAAUUCGGCACCUACAUCGGGUGCUCCGCCGUCGCAUGGGCUGCCAUUCUCCGCGACCUGCACGGUCCCUUCGCCGAGGGGCUGCACGUCUACACCUUCGAGGUCAGCGAGGAGGUGGCGAGCGUAGCGAGGGACAUAAUCCGCGUGGCAGGCGUCGAGGACAUUGUGCAUGUGAUGGUGGGGCCUGCGUCAGAGUCAUUGGCGAAGCUGGUUGAGGAGGGCAAGAUUGUGAAGGGAGGAGUCGAUAUGGCUUUCUUUGACCACUGGGAGAAGUUCUACCUAAGUGAUUUGAAGCUGUGUGAGGAUUUGGGCCUCUUUAGAGUCGGAUCGAGUGUUAUUGCUGAUAACACGGAUAUUCCGGGAGCGCCGGAUUAUUUGGAGUAUUUGAGAGCUGGGGGACGAGGUGGGGAGGGAUCCGUGAAGUAUGUGACGAAGUCGGUGCAGUCGGAGCAUAUUGUUGAGAGGAGACCGAAUAUGGUGGAGGUCUCUACUGUUGUGGCGGCUCCUUGAAGGGGUAUAAGUCUGGGUUUGAG